AUGGUCCAAUCCCAAUAUGGCCGCCACCAUGAAGAAGGCGGUGAGUGGGGCUCUUCAGGGGCUGCAGAAGAUGUCAACGUCACUUUUGAGGACCAACAAAAGAUUAACAAAUUUGCACGGAAUACUAGUAGAAUCACAGAACUGAAGGAAGAAAUAGAAGUUAAAAAGAAACAGCUUCAAAAUUUAGAGGAUGCAUGUGAUGAUAUAUUGAUGAUGGAUGAAGAUUCGUUAAUGAUUCCCUAUCAAAUUGGUGAUGUUUUUAUUAGCCACUCUCAAGAUGAAACCCAAGAAAUGCUGGAAGAAGCUAAGAAAAAUUUGCAAGAUGAAAUUGAAGCAUUAGAAUCCAGAGUUGAAUCGAUCCAACGAGUGCUAGCUGAUUUGAAAGUUCAGUUAUAUGCAAAAUUUGGGAGCAACAUAAACCUUGAAGCGGAUGACAGUUAAAAGUUUCUAAAUAUAAAUUUUUUAUUUGUUUAAUAAACUUGAAUAUUGGUAACAAUGAUUUCCAUUCUUCAUAUGAUGUUGAAAUCAAAUCAACAUUUUUUUCUUUAAAAAAAAUUCCAGUCCUUUAUUUAAUGAAAACCUGCCUAUUUUCAUGUCUUGCUUAUUUAUUUUAUAUUUUUUAAAGAAAAAGCAGCCUACAUCUGUGUAUUUUGCAUAAUAAUAAUUUCAAGGUAAGGGUCUUUGUGUCCUGUUUAUUAAAGCCAGUUAAGCAAUCUU